UUUCCACGUUGCACUAUUUGACUCUUUAGCCUAAAACUAAACUUAUUCUUCGUUAAUGUGGACUUUACAUUAUAGCACACUAUGCGUCAUUUCGGGUCACAGUAGAACACCUUUAAAAAUGACAGAUUCGACGAAAUCCCAUCUUUUUAUUUUAUUUUUUAUUUUUUGCCUAAAGUGAUUUGGCAUUCGUUGUUACAUAGAUGUAAGUUGUAAACUGAGAAGAUGGGAAAUGUUCCAUCUUGUACGCUGGAAAGAGGAAAAGGGGCUCGGAAACUUUGGGAAUGCCUUUCUUUUCCUUUUUUUGGGUGGUAACUUGGACUGCUGACGCGUCCGGCAGCUCCCUGUACUCCUUCCUUGUUUCCUUCCAGAAGAAGGCGAAGGAGAAGCGGUACAUUCGGAGCUCGUUCCGCCAUGUUGCUGCGCUCCCUCGCGUGUGUCCUCUUAGGUGUUUUGGUGUGGCCGGCCCGAUGCUACUUUUCCGAGGAGAGAUAUCCCGAGGAGUCGCGAAUGCAGCCUCCGACGGUGGUGGUCGCCAUCAUAGCCAGGAACGCCGCUCACUCGCUGCCCUACUACCUCGGAGCGUUGGAGAGGCUCGACUACCCCAAAAAUCGCAUCUCGGUGUGGGCAGCCACAGAUCACAAUGCAGAUAACACCACAGCCAUGCUGAAAGAGUGGCUCACUGUCAUGCAGAAAUUCUACCAUUAUGUGGAGUGGAGACCGAAGGAGCAACCUGUGUCCUACGCGGGGGAGCUGGGCCCAAAACACUGGCCUAACACCAGAUACGAGUAUGUGAUGAAGCUAAAGCAGGCGGCACUCAACUUCGCCAGGAAACGCUGGGCUGACUACAUCUUGUAUGCAGACACCGACAACAUCCUCACCAACCCUGACGCACUCAAUAGGCUGAUAGCUGAGAACAAGUCAGUCAUAGCUCCCAUGCUGGACUCUCAGGGUGCGUAUUCCAACUACUGGUGUGGAAUAACACCGCAGGGCUAUUAUCGAAGGACGGCAGAGUACUUCCCCACCCGCAACCGCCACCGGUUGGGCUGCUUCCCCGUACCAAUGGUGCACUCCACCAUGUUGCUGGAUUUAAGGAAGGAGGACAUGAAGAAACUGGCUUUCUACCCUCCUCACAAGGAGUAUUCCUGGCCGUAUGACGACAUCAUCGUCUUCGCCUUCUCCUGUCGAGCUGCCGCGAUCCAGAUGUAUCUGUGCAACAAGGAGCGCUACGGCUACUUGAAUAUCCCGCCCAAGCCUCAGCACACUCUGGAGGACGAUCGCCUCAACUUCAUCCAUCUCCACUUGGAGUCCAUGAUCGACGGUCCUCCCAUGAAGCCCUCCCGAUACGUCCACACGUUCCCCAAGCAGAGAGACCUCAUGGGCUUUGAUGAGAUUUACCUGAUUAAUCUGCGCCGGCGCCCCGACCGCAGAGACAGGAUGUUGUUCUCUCUGAAUGAGCUGGAGAUCGACGUCAAGGUGGUCGACGCCGUGGACGGAAAUGCCCUGAAUAGCAGUGACAUCAAGAUUCUGGGUGUGGACUUACUACCAGGCUACUAUGAUCCGUUCUCAGGACGCACUCUCACUAAAGGAGAGGUGGGCUGCUUUCUCAGCCACUUCUACAUCUGGAAGGAGAUGGUGGACAUGCAGCUGGACAAGGCUCUGGUGCUCGAGGAUGAUGUCCGCUUCCAGGCAAACUUUAAGCGACGAGUCUUACGGCUGAUGGAGGAGGUGGAGCAGGUGGAGCUGGACUGGGACCUCAUAUACUUCGGCAGGAAACAGGUGAACCCUGGGAAGGAAGAACCGGUGGAGGACGUCCACAACCUGGUGGUGGCCGGCUACUCCUACUGGACCCUCUCAUACGCCAUUUCCCAGCAGGGGGCCCAAAAACUGCUCAAUGGCGAGCCACUUUCCAAGAUGCUGCCUGUCGACGAAUUCCUCCCCAUCAUGUACGACAAACAUCCCAACGAGGCCUACAAGUCCCACUUCCCCAACAGAAACUUACAAGUGUUCAGCACGUGGCCGCUGCUGGUGCAGCCCUGCCACUACGCCGGCGACCCCCAGUGGGUGAGCGACACCGAGACCUCCACGCUGUGGGACGAUGAUGCGGUGCGCACCGACUGGAGGGGCUCCCACAAGACUCUGAAGGGGGGUGUACCGCCACCCGAGAUGCUGUCAGCCUCCUACAGGGACGAACUCUAGAGGGCCGGGAGACGAUAGAGAAGUGAAUACUGUUGGGACAAAGUGUUCUCACAAUCAACCCUGUGUCAUGUGGACCACCCUGUGCCAUUUAAAGGUGGACUUUCAUGCAAAGCGUGUUAGUGAUGACAUGGCACAGUUGCAUGAUGGUAAGGGUGUCUGUUUUUUUAUUUCUGUUUAUCAGGGACUGGUGUUCUUACGACUUGCACAUAAACACAUUGUCUACCGAUAAAAAGACAUUCUUAACAUUCUGAAUGUGGGAUUUUGACAAACUAUUCAUUAAUUUGUUCAUGACCAAAUGUACCUCAUACAACCCCAAUUCCAAUGAAGUUGGGACGUUGUGUUAAACAUAAAUAAAAACAGAAUACAAUUAUUUGCAAAUCAUGUUCAACCUAUAUUUAAUUGAAUACACUACAAAGACAAGAUAUUUAAUGUAGAAACUGAUAAACUAUUGUUUUUAGCAAAUAAUCAUUAACUUAGACUUUUAUGGCUGCCACAUGCUCCAAAAAAGCUGGGACAGGGUCAUGUUUACCACUGUGUUACAUCACCUUUUAUUUUAACAACAUUCAAUAAACGUUUGGGAACUGAGGACACUAAUUGUUGAAGCUUUGUAGGUGGAAUUCAUUCCCAUUCUGGCUUGAUGUACAGUUUCAGCUGUUCAACAGUCCGGGUCUCCGUUGUCGUAUUUUAUGCUUCAUAAUGCACCACACAUUUUCAAUGGGACACAGGUCUGGACUGUAGGCAGGCCAGUCUAGUACGUGCAGUCUUUUACUACAAAGCCACACUGUUGUAACACGUGCAGAAUGUUUGGCAUUGUCUUGGUGAAAUAAGCUGGGGCGUCCAUGAAAAAGACAUUGCUUGGAUGGCAGCAUAUGUUUCUCCAAAACCUGUAUGUACCUUUCAGCAUUAAUGGUGCCUUCACAGACGUGUAAGUUACCCAUGCCAUUGGCACUAACACAGCCCCAUACCAUCACAGAUGCUGACUUUUGAACUUUGCGUCCAUAACAGUCCGGAUGGUUCUUUUCCUCUUUGGCCCAGAGGACACGACGUUCACAAUUUCCAAAAACAAUUUGAAAUGUGGACUCGUCGGACCACAGAACACUUUUCCACUUUGCUUCAGUCCAUCUUAGAUGAGCUCGGGCCCAGAGAAGCCGGUGGCGUUUCUGGGUGUUGUUGAUGAAUGGCUUUUGCUUUGCAUAGUAGAGUUUAAAGUUGCACUUACGGAUGUAGUGCCGAACUGUAUUUACUGACAUUGGGUUUCUGAAGUGUUCCUGAGCCCAUGUGGUGAUAUCCUUUACACAUUGAUAUCGGUUUUUGAUGCAGUGCCACCUGAGGGAUUGAAGGUCACGGGCAUUCAAUGUUGAUUAUCGGCCUUGCCACUUACAUGCAGUUAUUUCUCCAGAUUCUCUGAACCUUUUGAUGAUAGUAUGGACCGUAGAUGAUGAAAUUCCGAAAUUCCUUGCAAUUGUACGUUGAGGAACAUUGUCCUUAAACCGUUUGACUAUUUUCUCAUGCACUUGUUCACAUCUUUGCUUGUGAAUGACUGAGUAAUUCAGGGAAGCUCCUUUUCUACCCAAUCAUGGCACCCACCUGUUCCCAAUGAGCCUGUUCACCUGUGGGAUGUUCCAAACAGGUGUUUGAUGAGUAUUUCUUCUUCUUUUUUGGAAUGUGUUGCAGCCAUAAAAUUCUAAGUUAAUGAUUAUUUGCUAAAAACAAUAAAGUUUAUCAGUUUGAACAUUAAAUAUCUUGUCUUUGUAGUGUAUUCAAUUAAAUAUAGGUUGAACAUGAUUUGCAAAUCAUUAUAUUCUGUUUUUAUUUAUGUUUAACACAAUGUCCCAACUUCAUUGGAAUUGGCGUUGUAUAUUAGCAGCAUAAAUACACUCAGUAGACACUUCAUUAGGUACACAGCACAGUCUAAUAAGAUAUUUUUUUUUUUAAUCAAUGUUUACAAAGAUAUAGCUUUUUAUUUCAUUGACACUGCUUGAAAAGUGUGAAUUAUUAUACUAUAAAAACAAAUUUUUCUUCUAAACAUAUGGCUUGCCAUGAAGUCUGCGAGCUGGAAGCCAAGCUGCAGUGUGUUUGUUUACUAAGUGUGUGGAGAGAGCACGAGGCAGUUGCACUUCCUGUCGCAGACCUAAUAGGCUCGGUGUGGUACGCCUUCUGUAAUAAUUGCUCCAUCAUCUUGCAAAAUUGGCCCUGUAUUGGAUUUUUAUAAAAUCUCAAAAUGAUGUGGAAUAUCUGAUCUUGCCCACAGGCUGCAAGUUUGACACACGUGGUGGAGACACUACAUGGUAGUGAGACAUUUUCUAAUGGUUUGCCUCGCUCUUGCAGCUAAAUAACCAAAGCUUUAAUUUAGUUCCUGUUGCAUCACUGGCUUCCUUUUCAAGAUCAUCUUGACAGGGUUACAAUUAAGUAACUAAUUCCGAUGCUCCAAAAUGGAUUUUCAAUGCAAUCACUGUACACACACUUCAGUGAAACCAGUUGCAUUACUGAUCUGUUCAUCUCUUGAUGCGUUCGCGUUUUUAAUUUAUUUCUCAAGUGUCUCAACUUGUCAGUGUCUUCUGUGCAUCAUGCAUUUUGUUGCAAUACAUGCUCUAAAGAAAGCAACAACUGUAUCAUAAACGUUUGUAAUUAAAACAUUCUCAUUCUA